CUCGUGUAUUGCAAGUGCUAUGUAUCUUGUAGGCUGUCACCAAAUACCACCGACCCCGCGCCCCGCCAAAACGCGCCUCUGUCGUCAGCCUUGACAAGGGCACGCGAUACGUCUCCAACGACCUAUCUUCAACGACAUCAGACAACAUAAAUCAAUCACAAAGCAAAAAUGUCAACACACCAGAGAUUCGGCGGCAGCGCCGAUACAAAUCGCAAUCAGUCGUACUUUGAAGAGCAGCGAGCCGCGCUCCUUGGCGACAUUGGCGUCAGCUUCGAGCAGGUUCUCGCGAAUAUAAACAAGUUGAAUAGGUCCCUAGAGGCUGUCAUCACUGUUGGAAAUGAAUUCGCAUCAGUAGAAACAUUAUGGUCACAAUUUGAGAAUGUCAUGGCCAAGGAUCCAAAAGCGAGCAAUGAUCAAAAGGAGGGCGAUGCAGACGGCCAAGGCGAGACGAAUGUCAAGCGCGAGGAAUGAAAUUAACGAACGAUACCCCAUCUCCACGACAUAUUGCAGGAUGAACCCGGCAACUUGUGUAUAAUGAAUUGAUAAUGUUACAAAGUUAAUACACAACACUUUACUUCAGGGGCCUUAGAAGAGUGAUUUUAACAAUGUAAAUUUUGUGCUGUCAUAUCCAUAAAAAGAAACCCAAAAGACAAUGGGAACAUACCAUGCUCUACUACAAAAGAAAACAAAUGAAAAUAAUGAAAAUAACGGAGAAAAGAAGAGCAGAUAGAAGCAUGAGCAUAAGCGAGGCACUUGCAGCCCAGCUCUAGCUCCCAUCUACCCAUUCCAUAUGUACCAUCCAGUCCAAGAUCACUCCCAAAAGAAUCCCAUACCCAGCCCAUCGGCCCCAAUGCCGCGCAGUCGUUACCUUCCAACGAAUGGAAGAAUGAAGAAGAAGAAGAUCGUGAGUCAGAAGCCCCCAAGGCUAUACGUCGCCUGUUUGGUCGUUGCAUUACAAAAGAUUUACGCGCGCCGCCAGGGACGCCCGCCGGUUCCAAAAGGAAAAGGGCGAAAAGAACGAGCCAACGCCUCCUCGCCAUGCCAUUAAAACAGUGAGAAAGGAAAUUUCAUUGUCGUCGCAGCCUCACAGGAUCUGGCAUCUUCUCUUCUUCUUCUUGGGGACAACACCGACUCCAGGUAUCGAGUGCUUGUUGUCCUGGGCGUGUCCGGAGCCGCUAGCGACUUGGAUGUGUCUGCGGUCGUUUGCGACAACGGUCAGGAUAGCGCGUUCAAAGAUUUCGUCAACACCACGCAUUUCCUUGCUGCUGCACUCCAUGUACUGGGCGCUCAUCUUUUGGGCAACGGCCAUGCCUUGCUCGGUAGUAACGGGAGUAAGGCCCUGCGUCUUGAGCAUGUCAAUGCAUGUUCUCUUGUAGCGCAGAUCGCUCUUGAGACCAACGAGGAUCAGCGGGGUGUAUGGGCAAAAGUGAAGAACCUCGGGAUACCACUGCAUUCUGUGUUAGCUAGUUAUUCCGACUACUGUAUGUCCUGACUCGCAGGGUGAGACGUACCUUGUCGAGCACAUUGUCGAGAGAGUUAGGGCAAUCAAUGGCGAAGCAGACAAAGAUGAGGUCGGUCUCUGGGUAAGAGAGCGGGCGGAGACGGUCAUACUCCUCCUGGCCGGCAGUAUCCCAGAGAGCGAGCUCCACGGUCUUACCAGUGGGAGGGUGCGUGGGAUAAGUGAUGUAGUUUUCGAAGACAGUCGGGACGU